AUGGCGGAAAAAAAAGAGGCCGCAAAAGACAAGACAAUUAACAGAAAAGAUGUGGUAGCUUCAACGGGAAGAAAACAGACAAUUAUAGAUAUAACUGAAAAUACACUUCCUUCUCCAAAUAAGAAGAAAACAGUCAAACAUCAUCCGCAAGUUUGCAGAAAAAAAUUGCUGCCUCCUUCUGUUUCUAAUGAAGAAGAGGAUGUUAGCUCAACCGAAGAACUCCUGUAUUCAACCGAGGAAGAUGAGAAAGAUAUUGGUAAUCAAAGUGAAGAGGAUUUUGCAUCAAUUUCCAAAAGGAGUGAUGAUGAGAAAGGAAAGGAAGAUACACAUGUUGGAUUACCUAAACUUUCUGCAUUGACGACUACAUUAGCUAUUUUGUUAGGCGUUAAUAUGACUAUAGAUCAUAUUACCACGCCAGAAAAUAACCAAAGUCAGCCAGCAAGUAUUGAUGACGAAAUGGCAGCGAUGGUUAUAGAUGAAGCGCCGGCUGCUAACCUAGUUUUCGGCAUUUGGUAUCCAGAAUUUACCACCAAACUUUGCUGA